CGGCACAGGGGCGGGGCCGCCGCAGCCGCGGGAGCCGCCGAGAGCGGGAUGGGUCCGGCCGGGCUGCGCCGCGCCCGCGGACUUAUAGCAGGAGGCCCUGUUGCUAUGAGAAGCACAAUGACCAUCUCACAGCUCUGUUUGGAGGAGAGAGCGUAGAAGUUCUGCUGCCACUGCACUCUCCCGAGGUGUGUGGUAAAAAUGGUGCAGAAAUACCAGUCCCCAGUUCGUGUCUACAAAUACCCUUUCGAGCUCGUCAUGGCAGCCUACGAGAAGCGCUUUCCUACAUGCCCAGAGAUCCCAGUGUUCCUGGGGAGUGAAAUCCUGCAUGAAUCCAGGAGUGAGGACGGAGCCAUCCACGUCAUUGAGCGGAGCUGCAAGCUGAAUGUGGAUGCUCCCAGGCUGCUGAAGAAGAUUGCAGGGGUGGAGUAUGUCUUCUUCAUCCAGAAGAACACAGUGAACUGGAGAGAGAGAACCCUCCGCAUCGAAGCCCACAACGAGACCUUUGCCAACCGUGUGGUGGUCAGGGAGACCUGCAGCUACUCCGUUCACCCUGAGAACGAGGAGUGGACGUGCUUUGAGCAGUCGGCCUCUCUCGACAUCAAAUCCUUUUUUGGCUUUGAGAGCACCGUGGAAAAAAUUGCUAUGAAGCAAUACACCUCCAACAUCAAACGGGGCAAGGAGGUGAUUGAGCACUACCUGAAGGAGCUGAUCUCCCAAGGGAUCACGUUCAUCCCUCGCUGGAGCCCUCCCGCGGCGAAGGAGGAGCGAGCCCCGGCCGUGGGACGGGCCCCUGGUGACAUCCUGCAGGAUUCCGGGGCCGCUGGCACCAGCAGGGAGCCGCCUGCCAGCCCCUGCCCUCCCCCAGAGCCUGCCAGCUCUGACGCUGACAAACUGGAUGCUGAUUACAUCGAGCGCUACCUGGGCCAGCUCACGCCAAUGCAGGAGAGCUGCCUGAUCCGCCUGCGCCAGUGGCUCCAGGAGACUCACAAGGGAAAGAUCCCCAAGGAUGAGCACAUCCUGCGGUUCCUGCGCGCCCGCGACUUCAACAUCGACAAGGCGCGGGAGAUGCUGUGCCAGUCGCUGGCCUGGCGCAAGCAGUACCAGGUGGAUUUCAUCCUGCAGUCCUGGAGACCCCCAGCCCUGCUGGAGGAGUACUACACCGGGGGGUGGCACUACCAGGACAAAGAUGGGCGGCCGCUCUACAUCCUCCGCCUUGGCCAGAUGGACACCAAGGGUUUGGUGAAGGCCCUGGGAGAGGAAUCCCUGCUGCGACACGUUCUGUCCAUUAAUGAGGAAGGGCAGAAGAGAUGUGAGGAAAACACCAACAUCUUUGGCCGUCCCAUCACAUCCUGGACAUGCCUGGUGGACUUGGAAGGGCUCAAUAUGAGGCACCUCUGGCGGCCUGGGGUGAAGGCCCUGCUCAGGAUCAUUGAGGUGGUGGAGGACAACUACCCUGAGACCCUGGGGAGGCUCCUGAUCGUGCGAGCACCACGCGUCUUCCCCGUGCUCUGGACCCUGGUCAGUCCCUUUAUCAAUGAGAACACACGGCAGAAGUUCCUCAUCUACAGUGGCAAUAACUACCAGGGCUCAGGAGGGCUGGUGGACUAUGUGGACAAGGAUGUGAUCCCAGACUUCCUGGGAGGAGACUGCAUGUGCACUGUCUCAGAAGGGGGACUCGUCCCCAAGUCCCUGUACCAGACCGAGGAUGAGCCGGAGAACUCGGAUCACAUCCGGCUGUGGACAGAAACCAUCUACCACUCUGCAAGUGUCCUCAGAGGAGCCCCACACGAGAUACUUGUGGAGAUCCUGGAAGGGGAAUCCGUCAUCACCUGGGACUUUGACAUCCUGAAGGGAGAUGUGGUGUUCAGCCUCUUUCACUCCAAACGAGCUCCUGAGCCAAGUCACAGAGAAGCCACAUCAGCAGGUCCCUCUGCUGCAGGGGACAAUGUGCAGCUCAUCGACAAGAGCUGGGUGCUGGGCGUGGAUUACAGCCGGGUGGAGUCUCCUCUGGUCUGCAGAGAAGGAGAGAGCAUCCAGGGCUCCCAUGUCACACGCUGGCCUGGCUUCUACAUCCUGCAGUGGAGGAUGCACGGGCCCCUGCCCUGCUCCAGCUCCAGCCUCCCACGCGUGGACGAUGUCCUGGCCUCCCUGCAGGGCUCCAGCCACAAGUGCAAGCUCAUCUACUACUACGAGGUGCUGGCCUCCAAGGACUUCAGGGGAUCCAUGUCAAGCCUGGAAUCUUGCAACAGCGGCUUUUCCCAGCUGAGUGGAGUCACCACAUCUUCCAGCCAGUCCCAGAGCAGCUCCCACCUCUCCAGAUAGCAGAGCCAAGGCUACAGCAGCAGGGGCACCCCGGGGCUGCUCCAGCCCCAAACCAAAGAGCUCCAGGGCUGAGCCUUUGGACACAGAGAGACCUCUGGGAGCUGCUUCAGCCACAAAAACUGAAAUUCCAAGGGCAGGUUUAGGAGUUCUGGGACAGCUGCCUGCUUCUCAGUAGCCUCCUUCACCUCCUGUGGAUUUUGGGUGCCUGUGAGUUUGCAGGACUCCAUUCCACUCCAAAGGGCUCUUCCCAUCGGUCCUUUUCCCACAGAGGAGGCUGAUGUUGCCUUACCUGUUGGACCUUUAGAUAAUUCCUGGGUGGCCAAACUGAGGGAAUGUCCUGGGUGCCCAUGGGGUGCUGCUUCCACACUGGACAGUCAAGUGGGCAUCCCAGGGGCAGGGCCCUGGAGGGAACUGCCAACACCUGAGUACAGGUAGGACAGUUCAGAAAUCACUUCCAGGCCAAACCAAAAACCUCUUCUGGUCUGGCAGGAUGCUCUGGGAAAUGUGUUAGAUUUUUUUAACCCUGCUGAGAAACAAAGUCAAAAUGUUUUUUUUUUUUAGAAAUUCCAGGCAUUGAAUCUGCCUCCAGUAAGUGGCAUCUUCCAAACAAUUGUUUCUCUUUACUCAGGUUUACAGCAAUAAUGAGUAGGUCUGUCCCAUUCCCGAGUGGAUGGGAACUGAAUCCAAUCCUAAAGGGCUAAGAAAAGCAAUAUUUGAUUUCCUGAAGGCACAAGAUUUUCUGGCAGUAUUACAGAACUUGCUUCUUUUACACAUGAGCUCACUUGAAACCUUUCAGAGAGGCAUGUAUGUAAGCACUUACUGAAGCCUAUUUAUUCUAUACUAGCUUAUUUUAAAUUAAUUUUUAACUUAUUUAUGUCAGAAAUUACUAUUUAUUAAAUACAGUCACCUUUUUAAUGGGAUGAACUUUGUUUUAGAAAGGAAUAACUGAUUGUCUUCAAUCCCAAGCUGUCUUUCUGCUUGGGUCCUGAUCUUUGUGAUUGCUGGAUGUUCUUUCAAAAGGGCUGCAUUGGAGUAAGGGCUGUGUCACCUUCCUUGCAAGGAAAGGUGAGAGUCCAGUGCUUUUUUGGACUGUUUUUUAGGAUUAAGAAACAAGGAUUGUGUUCAGGAGUUGUCAUGAAGACGCACUGUCUUCCUACACCCCAAAAAUGCCAUGUUUGUCCCUAACCUGAUUGUUCCUGUAGUCAAGGGGAGCAAACUUAUCCAUGUUCUUGUGCAGGUGAAAAAAAAAUUAGAGCAGGUGUCAAAUACUCAUCAAGUUUUUAUUCAGGGAUCUGUGAAGUGUUUCUUCACACCCUGCUUUUUUUUAAUCACUGGUUUUGAAGCACCAGUCUCUGCCAAAGGAGAAAAGAGCCAAAAUAUUUGGGACAGUGAAAGACAAAGAACUUGACGUGGUUUUGAGUUGUUUGGUGGGUUUUUCAAAGAUUGGAGCCAAGGGAAUCACUCUGCACCUUUCAUCUCUCCCUGUGAACAGGUAAUUUGGUUAUGCAGAGCUCAAGGAAGUUCUUAUUUCCAAUUCUCAGUUAUUCCAUGGACUUUAAUGUUUCUCCCAGACAAAUGAAACUUUGGUCUCAGGCAUUUCAGCAGUCUGAUAAAGAGGGACAAAUACCACCUUUCCUCUAGAAAGUCAGGAAUUCUGGAAGCAAAAGUGCAUGUGUGUAUCCCUCAUAGAAAAUCCUUGACCCAGAAUAUAUUCUGAUUCUAGAAACAGUUUCAGACUCCCAAAGCCCCAGGAACAAACCCAGCCCUGUCCCCCCUGAGCUGUUUCAGGAUUUUACCUUCUCCUGUGGUUGCUCACAUCCUAAACUGGCAAUAUUCCUGUUCCCUGGGUUUUCUCUGGGUAAGAAUCUCUUCCUCUGCCCUGGAUUUUUUAAAAUUUUCUUUUGCAAUGUGGUAUAUGCUGUUUUCUGCCCACCAGAAGUUCUGGGUGUUUAUCAUUGAAGCACCUAGAACUUGGCCCCUGGCAGGUCUCUGAAGGGUGAGGUCAAGGGCUGGUUCCACAGAGCAUUCCUGGCUCUGGGGAUAUCCCAAUCCCAGUUUUUCCUCUUGUCCCUUGGCAGUGUCACUCCUCUGCCCAUCGGAGAUCACGGCACAGGUCUGUGAAGCAGCUUGUGACCUCUCCUUGGCAAGGCUGCCUGGUCUAUCCCACCUGACAAUUUACUUGGAAACCAGUUUAAAUAAUCCAAUAUUUUUUUCCUUUUUCUCCUGAAUGUUAACAGGAGAAAGGGAGCAACAGCCUGGAUGCUGUGUUGUGCUUUUUAAGCCUGACUCUGUGAACUGCAGAUACCAGAGACACAGAAUUCCUCUACAUCACCUUUUCCCCCUCAAACGACAUCAAUGUGCUUUAGAAAAUAAACUCGGAGGUUUUUUCACAGUGAGCUGAGUCUGGGAGGGGUUCUGGAUCCUCAGCAAUGGCCUCAUUUUGGGUGGUGCAUCAAGGCCCUCGCCUCACAGCUCUGCAGUGAGGGCAGUGAGCUCGGGCUGUGUGCAGGGAAUGCGCUCGUAAUUAAAAACUGCCUCCCACCAAGUUUGUUCAGAUAUUCCCUAUGCAAACACAACACCUACCUCAGAGCUGUGCCGUGUCUCGUGGGUGGUGGGGGAGUGCAGGAUGCUGUGCAAGGUGCCAAGGCUGUGCCAGAUGUCGCAGUUAAAUACAGCCAGGUGUGACACCUUCAUUCCCAGUGAGUUCUCCAGGUUUGCCCCAUUCCCAAGGUCUGUCCCAGGGCUGGGAAGGGCACACACAGAGAGGAUGGAUGUUUGAUGGCCUCAGCUGCCGUUCAGGGCACAGUCCUGAGCCAUUUUUUGCUGCUCCCCGGUGUGAAAAGGGCUUUGUCCCCGCUGAAGAAGGGCUGUGCCCGCGGGGCACCAGGGGCGGCUCCAGCCCCGCGGUGUCACCGCUGCCGCUGCCGGGCGCCGUGAGCCGGCACUGGGGGCACUCACAGGGAGGCACCGGGGCAGCUCAGCGGCUCCUCAGCUCCUGUGCUCGCUGCUGCGAACAGAAUUCCCCACGCUCACCAGGCCAGGGAAUCCCGAGUGACUGAGGUGCAGCUGGGUUCCUUGGCUCAGCCAGUUCGGUUCUGUCCGUUCCCUUUUAGGAACUGUGAAUAACAACUUGUAAUCCCACUGUGCUUUAUUGGCAAAAGAUUUUGAAAAUGCCAUAAUCCGUUCGCAGUUCCCUGUAGGAAGUGGCAAGCACAGCUGCCCACCACGCUGGGCUGUGAAGAAGCUGGGGCUGAAGCCAGCCCUGCUCCAGGCAGGGAAUCCCCCAUUUCAAAAGGCAUUUUACGAGCUCACACUGCUUCAGUAUCCCAAAUGUUUGUACUGUGAGCAAUUAAUGCAAGGAACAGCUAUUAGAAACUUACUUGACAGCAGCUGUCAAAGAUUCCUGCAUGCAAUUAGCUUUAAUAUUCCUCCAACACGUUUGUGAUGCUCCUUACAUCUGAUUAUUUCUCUCUUGGAAGGUGAAAUUGGAGUAAAGUCACAUUUGCUGGCUUUUAGUGACACCAACACCCACUUCCAAGCUUUCAGUUUCAUGUUAGUUAAAUGGGCAUUAAUUAACUGUUUUAGCAGCACUUACUUUCCUUUGCAGCUGGCUUUGGUUUUGUACACUGCAAUCUUCAUUUUUCUCAGCCAAAACCCUCAAACCUGCUGUAAGAGCCCACUGCAGGGUGCUGAAAUAACAGAUGUCCUCCAGUGAUGGUGUCUGUGGGUCCUGGUAGAGCUGUACUUUUGGGUAUGUGGGAAAUAAAAAAUCUCUGAGAACACGUGGAAUUGUUUGAUUGAACUGUUGAAAUUGCAAGGCAGUGAAAAUUCAAGCCUGUGUGCUGCUCUCUUUGCCCCCAGAAGCACAGGUAAGGCUUGUAU